AGACGAGUUGACCAGAAUUGUUAGUUCAUUUAUGAAUGCCGCCUGAUUGCGUAUGAUGACUACGACUAUGGAGCGAUUCAUGUUGCUCAUUCUCUGUGUGGCUUUAAUGAAUUUCAAUGCUAGUGACAGUGCUCCAAUUGGAGAGCAUGUGGAUCAUAGUGGAUGUGUGCGUAUAACCAUAAUCAAGAGACCUCUGGCCACAAGAUCGACAUCAACAACAACAUCGACGACGACAAGCACAACAACAACAACAACAACAACAACAGCGGCAACAACAACGACAACCACUACAGUGGCACCUGGAUAAAACAAUUGAAUUUGUGUAUGAAAUUAACAUUUGAUGGUUAAAUAAACAGGCUAAAAGAG